CAUUUAAAUACGGGCAUGAGUCAGCUUGUAAAGAUCCGGAUGGCAAUUAUAGGACGGCACAUAAGUAGGGCCGCGGUACAGCCUUUCGUAUGCUCCGUCGGCUAAUCCCGCCAAUAUUUUUACCUCGAGCGCUUUGCGAUAUCCUCAACGAGUUCCGCGAAUGUCCUUAGUAGAGCGAUUUUUGGCGUUCAUCCUUCAGCCUUUCGUUCUUUCACAUCGGACGCUUGGAGACUCAGAUGCCGCGUCGGAACAGCAUGACCCUAUCAAACAUCUCACCGAUUCCGACAUAAUCAAGCUAUGGAAAGAAUCUUCUAAAAUUGACGCGGGUACUUUUCAGACGUUCUUAGAUUUCCCGAACCCAGGAAAUGUCGGCUCCAUUGGAUUUGGCACCGUUGUCAAACGUUUUCCAGGUGCUCAAGAGUCACAGGCUAUGGUGCUCGUCCGGAAAGAAACAACUAUUCCCGUCCCAUUAUGCUAUCGUUCCAUCGACUCAGUUUUCCCCCGCUACCUGGCUAUGUCCCUUAUCGAGGGUCAGACCCUGGCAUCUGUUUGGGACAACCUCGGGCUCUGGAUGCGCUUUCGCGUUGUCGUAUCACUAUGGCAUUAUGUGUAUCAGCUCCGCAGUAUUUCUCGUCGAAAUCCUCACCUGUGCCAACUUCCCGGUCCCUUUGGAGGAGCCGGUCCAGAAAGGUGUACAGGUAGUCUCUUCAACGAUUCCGGUGCAGGGCCAUUCCGAUCGUAUGCCCACAUGGCGGCAUGGUAUCGCAACAGACUUCUUGUUAUGCAGAGAUUUCAUCCCAACUUCGAAGCAUUCAAGACAAUAGAUCCAUUUUUUGACGAUACCAAACCCUUGGUAUUUACUCACCAGGACUUGCAUAUGCGAAAUCUGAUACUCGGAAAGGACGGGCAGCUUUGGGUGAUAGACUGGGAUAAUGCUGGGUUUUACCCUGAAUGGUUUGAGGGUGCGAAUAUGAGGGAAGUCUACCGUUUGCAUGGGGAUAGCGGGUCGUGGAAUAAACUGAACUCGUGGAUAUUUGGGAAAUCCAAUUCCCGAGGCCAGUGGCCUUACGUCGAUGCGAUCCGAUUUUCCCUCGUAUCAAUGAGCGCUGAUAUCCCAGACUUGAUUGGUAUGGAAGACUUAUGAAAGCGACCAUACCGCCCGUGUAUAUAAUUGAAUUUGAUAGUACAGGCGACAUGACUGUGUUCUUUGCCGGUCCUGGAUGGCGUUGCAUGCUUUUAAAUUUACUCAUAGAGCGUAUUGCCUUGUACUGGUGUCGCGGGACCAACAAUAGCGUCUCUAUGUAAGGAACACCGAUUCCAGACUGUAUAUGAUUUCAACAGUGACACGAUAAGGAAGAAAUGUAUUUGUAGUUUACUCAUAAUCAUAGUCCCU